UGAGACGGUUUCUCCGUCGCAACUGAAACUGCGCUCAAGUGUCAGUCAGGCACCAGAAGAUAUCUAUGAAUCUCGUCUCAUUCUUAAUGCCCCAGACGGUGGAUGGGGUUGGAUGGUGUGUUUGGGUGCCUUCACGAUCAACUUCAUAGUCGGUGGAACUAUUAUGUCAUUUGGCUUGAUUUUAAUCUCUUUACUGAACUAUUUUGGGGACAGCCGCUCCAAAACGUCGUGGGUUGGUUCAGUUACCGACGGUAUGUCGCUUUUGUCAGGUCCAUUGGUCAGUUUUUUACUACAACGGUUCACACACCGAGAAGUCGUAAUAUUUGGGACUAUCCUCUCGGCGUUUGGUUUUAUUAUUAGUAUAUGGAUGCCAAAUGUAGACUUCCUCAUCUUUACUUAUGGCUUCAUAGCAGGGACUGGCAUAGGAAUGGCAUUUAUCACUGCCAACGUCAUCAUUGUUCUUUAUUUUACUUCCAAACGUGCUAUUGCUGUUGGUAUAGCAAUGAGUGGUUCCGGUGUUGGAGUGUUUGUUUAUUCGUUCGUUGUUGAAGCAUUAUUACAGUAUUACGGUUGGCAAGGCACGAUAUUGACUCUAGUCGGUAUUAUUCUUCACAUUGUAAUCUGCGGAGCUAUGUUCCGACCUUUACAGUGGAUUCUCAAUAAGAAAUAUUUUUCCGGCAGCUCACGGAAUUCAGAUCCUUCGACAGACAGUUGUUAUAAAGACAACUCUGAUAUCAGUUUAAUAUCCAGUAGCACAUUGAAUAACGAUUAUUUUUAUAAAAACCUUUCUAAUCAACUAGAAAUCCCAAGUCACUUGAAAACAGCCGGUAACUUGUCACCGGCACGCUAUCAUAGAAAAUUCAGUGACGGAACGAUCGUUUCCUUAGACAAAAAUCAGUUUACUCUCUCAUCCGAUCCAAGCAUUUUCAAAAGCAUUCUUUAUCCGUCCCAUAUCAGAGGGCAUGCCAAAAAAACCUUAUCUCCCAGUUCGAAUUCACUUUUCAUGAGAAGUAAAAGACUACGUGAUCCAACACUUCCAAGCAUUUUCCGAGGAUCUACGAACUUACGGUGCAUCUCCAUGGAAACCAUUGGUGCGCUUUACAGUAGUUCGGUUCUCAGAGACGACAAGUUUGAAAAGUCUACUAGUAGUUCGGAAAAUUCUACUAGCAGCUUUGAUUUCUCUAUGUUUACAGAUGUUGUGAUGGUUUUUUUGCUGGUUGCUAUGACAUUGAGUACCG